AUGCUGAAAAUGAUUGCCUCCUUUUUCGUCAUUGAAAAAGGAAAACAGUCAUUGCUGGUACGAGAAACUGCCAUUAAAUUGGAUGUGCUACGGCUCGGACUACAGGUGAAUCACAUUGAGGAGUUACCAGUUUAUCCGAAGUGGAAGGGGGACAGUGUCAAAUUGGCAAUAAAUCCAGACAUAAAACCGGUACAACAGCCCAUGCGAAGGAUACCAAUUGCAUUAGAAGAAAAGGUGCGCGAAAAGAUUCAGGAUGCUCUAAGGCGAGAUAUUAUUGAGCCGGUAAAUGGACCGAGUGCUUGGAUUUCACCAAUGAUUCUAGUUUUCAAAGAAAAUGGAGACAUUCGAUUAUGCCUGGAUAUGUGGCGAGCAAAUCAAGCCAUUUUGAGGGAAAAUCACCCUUUACCGACAUUUGAAGCGUUCAUGACUCAACUCAGAGAUGCUAGAUAUUUCUCCAGGCUAGACCUCAAGGAUGCAUACCACCAACUCGAGCUACAUGAACAAAACCGAGAAAUAACAACGUUUAUAACUCCGUUAGGAUUAUUUCGGUAUAAGCGAUUGAUGUUUGGAGUCAACUCGGCACCAGAAAUAUUCCAAAGGAGGCUUGAGCAAUUAUUGUCGAGUUCCUCAAAUGUCGUAAAUUACAUAGAUGACAUCAUCGUUUUUGGAAAAACUGAGGACGAGCACGAUGAAGCGUUGAAAAGAGUUCGUGGCAUUCUAAAUGAAAACAAUGCAGUAUUAAAUGAAAAGAAAUCCGUCUACAAAGCCUCCAAAUUACAUUUUUUGGGCCACAUAUUAUCGAAUCAUGGCAUCGAGGCAGAUCCAGAGAAAAUUAACACCAUCACAUCUUUUCGACCUCCAAAGAAUAAGGAGGAGAGUUUUCUGGGCCUUGUAAAUUAUGUAGGAAAAUUUAGUCCAGAGUUAGCAAAUAAAACAGACCCAUUGCGACGGCUGCUCAGAAAGGAUGAGAAGUUCAUCUGGGGUGUUAAAGAACAUGAUGCGUUUGAUAAACUCAAAUCUUGUCUGACAAAAAUUCCGAACUUGCAGAAUUUCAAUCCAAAGCACAAAACACAGUUAAUUGCAGUUGCCAGUCCGGUCGCAUUAGGAGCUGUAUUGUUGCAAUUUCAUGGAGACGAUGAACCGAAAAUAAUAUCUUUUGCGAGUCGAAGCAUGACAGAUGUCGAAAAGCGUUAUUCGCAGACCGAGAAGGAGAGUCUUGCAUUAGUAUGGGCAGUGGAAAAAUUCUUCUACUAUCUAGCUGGAUUAGAAUUCGAACGAAUAACGGAUCAUAAGCCACUUGAGACCAUUUUUAAACCAUCGUCGAAGCCUCCAGCGAGAAGCGAAAGAUGGCUUCUCCGUCUCCAAGCUUUCAAAUUUAUAGUUAAAUACAAAACCGGAAAUGAGAACAUUGCGGAUACCUUCUCUCGACUGUGCAGAUUAAGCCCAGAAUAUUGCUAUGACAUGAAAGGCGAACAUAGCAUCCUGCACGUAAUCGAAAACGCGACUCCGUCAUCCAUGACGAUCACUGAAAUUGCGGAGAAAAGCAUUCACGACGAGGAGAUCGUCGAUGCAAUGUCGUGCCUGCAGGACGAAUCGUGGAACACUUCAUCGUCAAACAGUCUGUUCCCGUUCAGACAUGAACUCUCACUUAUUGGAUCUAUUAUGUUACGAGGAACCCGCUUAGUUAUUCCAUCGGCGCUAAAACAGGCGACUCUAACGUUGGCACACGAGGGCCAUCCAGGAGAGUCGGCUAUGAAGCGACGAUUGCGGUCCAAAGUAUGGUGGCCACAAAUGGAUCGAGACGCGGAGAAGUUCGUCAAAGCAUGCAGAGAUUGCAUAAUGGUAUCGCAAGCAUCAAACCCCACGGCUAUGAAACGAACCACAUUUCCAGAAGGACCAUGGAUAUUUGUAGCCACAGAUCUAUUGGGACCACUACCUAACAACGAACACAUCUUGGUCCUCAUCGACUAUUAUUCAAGGUACAUGGAGUACAAGUUUCUAACAUCUAUAUCCUCAAUGUCCUUAAUCAGUGCCAUGAAAGAGAUUUUCACCAGAGUAGGCUAUCCUAAAAAGCAGAAAACGGACAACGGAAGGCAAUUAGUACAGAAUUUAAGGAAUACUGCAAGCAAUGCGGAAUAG